UAAUGAUGAAGAAAUUCCUCUUCUCGAUUUAAUCAUGGAAGAAGCUGAGGAAGAGGAUACCCAUGAUGUCGUUGUUGCCAAUUGGAUGUGGCGCCUUCGUAGAGGACUACCUGUACUUUUGGAGGAGAUGUACACAGCCGAUGUGGCUACUCGUUCAGGACAAAACGAUGCGAAUGAGGAAAUAGUCGCCAAUGAACAACCGAGAGAAGAUACUAUUGAGUUGGUGGAUCUUCUAAGGACCAUGAAGCAGGAUAUGAAAACCCAGUUCGAUAACAUUUCGGCGAAGAUUGAUGGGCUUGAAAAAAGGAUCGAACCGUUGGAAGUAUAUGUGAAAGAGCAAGAGAAACCAAAGGCGCCUGUAGCUGAUGAGCAACCGAGUACUUCGCAAGAAGGAGGGAGAGGGACGAAGAGGAAAAGGUCUAAGAAGUAGUAAAACUAUGUUAUUUUCUUUGAUUUGUCAUCGUAGUACUAGUAAAACUAUGUAAAACUUCGUUAUUUUGUUG